AUGGAGGCCUUCUGUUCGAAUUUCGAUCUGAACCCAUCCAGAACUUCUUUAAUUUCAAGAUCAUUUCAGAAACCCUCUUCGAAAUUGGUCUUUCCAGCUCGAUUUUCCUGCUCAAGUUGUGGGAAAAAUUCUAACUUUGGACUUAAUAAUGUCCCUCGAGUUCCGUAUGCUCGAAAGUCCAUGAAAAUUAGUUCCAAGAAUGGUGGAAACACAGAAUCGCUGAAAGACAGUUUAUUUAGAUGGGUUGGUAGUGGAGUUCUGGGUCUGGCUGCUGCAGUCUCUUUAUCCUGUGAAUCUCCAGCAUUCGCUGAGUCAUUGACCGUUGCUUUCCCUGUUUCUCACUCUCGUGAGAUAAAUACAGUUCAGAGAACCCUUGUGGAGGCUUGGGGUCUAAUUAGGGAAACUUUUGUUGAUCCCACUUUCAAUCAUCAAGACUGGGAUAUGAAAUUGCAGCAAACAAUGGUGGAAAUGUUUCCCCUACGAUCUGAGGAUGCAGCCUAUAAUAAGAUCAAGGGAAUGCUUUCUACUCUUGGAGAUCCAUUUACACGUAUUAUUAGUCCCAAGGAAUAUCAAAGCUUUAGAAUAGGAACUGAUGGAAAUUUGCAAGGGGUUGGUCUCUUCAUUAAUGUUGAACCAAAAACGGGCCACCUGGUUGUUUCAUCAUGUAUUGAAAAUGGUCCUGCUGCUCGUGCUGGUAUACAUGAAGGAGAUGAGUUGGUGGAAAUUAAUGGGGAAGGUCUUGAUGGUGUAGGAAGUGAAGCAGCAGCUCAAAAGCUCAGAGGACGUGCUGGCACAAUUGUGACUAUAAAAAUUCACCCUGCUACUGAUGCGGGAAAUUCCAACAUCAGGGAGGUAAAUCUACCCCGUGAAGUAAUCCAAUUGUCACCAGUGUCCAGUGCCGUGAUCCCUCAUCGAACACCUGAUGGACGCAUGUCGAAAUUGGGAUAUGUGAAGUUGUCAGCUUUCUCCCAGACAGCAGCAAUGGAUCUAGAAAACACUAUCUUUGAUAUGGAAAAUCAGGGUGUGCAGUCAUAUAUAUUAGAUCUUCGAAAUAAUCCCGGAGGCUUGGUUAAAGCAGGACUUGAUGUUGCUCAAAUAUGGCUAGAUGGUGAUGAGACCCUUGUAAACACUGUUGACAGGGAGGGUCAUUUGUUGCCAAUCAACAUGGUUAAUGGGCACGCUAUCACACAUGAUCCACUUGUGGUCCUAGUGAAUGAGGGGAGUGCUAGUGCUAGUGAAAUUUUAGCAGGAGCUCUUCAUGAUAAUGGCCGGGCAAUUCUGGUUGGACAUAAAACUUUUGGAAAAGGAAAAAUACAGAGUGUGACAGAACUGCAUGAUGGAUCGGCUUUGUUUGUAACGGUGGCAAAGUAUUUGUCCCCUGCACUUCACGACAUUGAUCAGGUUGGAAUUACACCAGAUGUUCAAUGCUCCACUGAGAUGCUUAAUGCACUGAUAGAUUCCUCCAAGGACAAGAACAUGAACUCUCCCCUGGAAGCUGAUUCUUGCAUAAUGAUAGCAGAACACGAGUUGGACAUUCAAGAAUCCAAAUCUUCGGCUUCUUGA